GCGUACGAUGCUUAGGGAUGCUUGGUCGAACGACGGUGGGAAAGGCUGGUGGCGAUGGUGGUCUAGGUUGGGCGGAUUGCUGGCGAUGGCGACGGCCAUUUCCUGUCUUGUUGCCCCGUUUCCGGGUGCCUCGGCCAAUCCGGAAGCGAAGCGUCUCUACGAUGACCUGCUGUCGAACUACAACCGCCUCAUCCGCCCUGUUGGCAACAACAGCGAUCGCCUCACUGUCAAAAUGGGACUACGCCUCUCCCAGCUCAUCGACGUUAACCUGAAGAACCAGAUCAUGACGACGAACGUAUGGGUGGAACAAGAGUGGAACGAUUACAAGCUGAAGUGGAACCCGGAUGAUUAUGGCGGUGUCGACACCCUUCACGUGCCGUCGGAACAUAUAUGGUUGCCGGACAUUGUUCUUUACAACAACGCCGAUGGCAACUACGAGGUGACCAUUAUGACCAAGGCGAUUUUGCACCAUACGGGGAAGGUCGUGUGGAAACCGCCGGCUAUCUAUAAAUCAUUCUGCGAGAUCAACGUGGAGUACUUUCCCUUUGACGAGCAGACUUGCUUCAUGAAGUUUGGUUCGUGGACUUACGACGGGUACACGGUGGAUCUACGACACCUGCACCAGACGGAGGACUCGAACCGGAUCGAGGUCGGGAUCGACCUGACCGACUACUACAUUUCCGUCGAGUGGGACAUCAUAAAAGUGCCUGCCGUGAGGAACGAGGCGUUCUACAUAUGCUGCGAGGAGCCCUAUCCAGAUAUCGUGUUCAAUAUCACCCUGCGCCGCAAGACCCUCUUCUACACGGUGAAUCUGAUCAUACCGUGCGUGGGCAUAUCUUUCCUCUCGGUGCUGGUGUUCUACCUUCCUAGCGACAGCGGCGAGAAAGUAUCGCUGUCGAUCUCGAUACUGUUGUCGUUGACGGUGUUUUUCCUACUGUUGGCCGAGAUCAUACCGCCCACGUCGUUAACGGUGCCGUUGCUCGGCAAGUAUCUCCUGUUCACGAUGGUGCUGGUCACCCUGUCCGUGGUGGUGACGAUAGCCGUGUUGAACGUGAACUUUCGUUCACCCGUCACCCAUCGUAUGGCCAAAUGGGUGCGGGUGGUGUUCAUUCAAGUGUUGCCGCGGUACCUUCUGAUCGAGAGGCCGAAGAAGGAGGACGACGACGAGGACGAGGACGAGGGAAGGAACGGCGUCGUGUUUGAUAAGUACGACUCGUACUACGGCAAAAGGUUCAGCGGGGAAUACGAGAUACCAACGCACGGCUUGCCACCCACCGCGACCAGGUACGAUCUGGGGGCGGUGGCCACCGUCGGCACCGUGGCACCCUGCUUCGAGGAGCCGCUACCCUCGCUCCCACUGCCGGGGGCUGACGACGACCUCUUCGGCCCGGCCAGCCCCGCUUACGUUCACGAGGACGUCAGCCCCACCUUCGAGAAGCCGUUGGUUCGCGAGAUCGAGAAGACCAUCGACGACGCUAGGUUCAUCGCUCAGCACGCCAAGAACAAGGACAAGUUCGAGAGUGUGGAGGAAGACUGGAAGUACGUUGCGAUGGUGCUCGAUCGGAUCUUUCUGUGGAUAUUCACGGUGGCCUGUGUGCUGGGCACGGUGUUGAUUAUCCUUCAGGCGCCGAGUUUGUACGACACCACGAAGCCGAUCGACAUCAAGUACAGCAAGAUCGCGAAGAAGAAGAUGAUGCUGUUGAACAUGGGCCCCGAGGAGGAUUAGUCGACGAUCCCGCGCGGCUUCGUGCCGCGUCACUCGCAUCAGCCGUUGUAUCGUCGCCGACGUCGACGUCGUCGCUGUCGUCGUUGUCGUCGUCGUCGUUCUCGUCGUCGUCGUCGUCGCCGUUGGCGCGGUCGUUGUUCAACGGCUGUUCCGUAUCAUCGAAACUGCCGAAUUUCGCG